AUGGCUGAAGUUGAUCACGAAGUCGAAAUCGCCGCUGAGGAAUCCGAUCACAGUGGAUCCGAACUUGAGAGCGUGGCAUCUUCGACGACCAGUCUCAGUGCCUCUAUUCUUGAAUACCGGAUUGAAAAUGGCCGGACAUAUCACCGAUACAAGGAUGGAAAGUAUGGCAUGCCCAACGACGAAACUGAGGCGGAACGGCUAGACUUCCAGCAUGAUAUUUGCGUCUACACAUUUGACGACAGACUUGGAAUGGCGCCGCCAUGCGAUGAUACCGCAAAGGUCGGGCGAGUGCUUGACAUUGGAGCCGGAACUGGGAGCUGGGCUAUGGAUUUUGGCGACUUACACCCUGAGUCCGAGGUAUUGGGCGUUGACCUCUCGCCUCGUACCCCGAACGUCAGGUUCGAGGUUGACGAUGUCGAGGAAGAGUGGACUUAUUCUCAGCCUUUUGAGUAUAUCCACAGCCGAUUUAUGACCGCAGCUAUUGACGACUGGGGUAAAUUCAUCAAGAGGUGCUACGACAAUCUUACCCCUGGUGGAUACCUAGAACUUCAAGAAGCCGACGUCAUGCCCAAGUCUGACGACGGCUUGUUGCCCAAAGACUCUGCGAUUGUCAAAUACGUCAAUAUGUUGCACGAGGCUUCCGAAAUUACGGGGCGCGUAUUCGUCGAGGCGCCUCCGCUGAAGAACAAGAUGAUUGAAGCUGGCUUCGUCGACGUUGAGCUCCGCGUCUUCAAGUGGCCUCACAACACCUGGCCCAAGGAUGAGAGGUACAAGAAGCUCGGCUUAUGGACGCAGGAGAACUUCGGUUCUGCGCUCGAAGCCUUGUGCAUGGCCGCCUUCACCCGCGUGCUCGGUUGGACGCGCGACGAGGUCAACGUCUUCCUCAUCGACGUUCGGAAUGACCUCAAGAACAAGAGUUACCACGCAUACUGCCCCGUCUACUGCAUCACUGGCCGCAAGCCGGAGAAGGAGAAGACUCCGCCGGUUCCUCAGGAGGAGACGGAGGCAGAGGAGGGAGCGUAG